UCGGCCUCAGGCUCAGGGUUGCAUGAACGCGUGAAAACUCCAGAUUCAAAUCUCUAGUCGACUAAAGUUUGGAGCUUCCUCAAAUUUAUUACUAGAUUUGUUUCUUUCUCGAAACUACGAAAAGGAAAGCACAGAGCAAUAAAUAAAGGAUGGAAACUGAAAAGGAGCCACAGAAUUCAAAUGUAGAAGGUUACCGCUUUCAUAGUGGGUCAUACACAUACAAACGGCUGUACAGAAUAUCAGUGAGAAAGAAAAGCCUACACCUCUCCUUAGUUGCCUGCAGCCCCUGUAGGAUCUCCUUUUCUUGAAGAUCACAUUUCUUCUUCUUAGUGUUUAUUUUUAGUGUUCAGAUCAUUUUUAUAGCGUCAAACUUCUCGGCAUCUCCAAUUUUUGCCUUGACAAAGAGAUAUUUAGGAUAAUUUUUUGUGGGGUUUGGGGUUUGAAGACCAUUUGCCUUCGAUGGCUGGCUUUGUGGGUGUUUUAGUUUCAGAUCCAUGGCUUCAAAACCAGUUCACUCAAGUGGAGCUGAGGAGCUUAAGGUCUCAUUUUGAUUCUAUAAGGAGAGAAUGUGGGAAAGUGAAAGUUGGGGACCUGCCGUCAAGGAUGUCGAACAUCAAAGUGGUGGGGGAGUUUUUGACAGAAGAGGAGAGAGCCUCCUUCUUGGGAAACAAAUAUAAGAACAUGGAUGAAGAAGUAAACUUUGAAACUUUUCUUAGGGUUCAUUUGAGUUUACAAGAGCAUAUAGAUGCUCAAAUUGGAAGCAUCAAUAAUUCAUCAGCGUUCCUGAAGGCUGCUACAACCACCUUGUUGCACACCAUCAGCGAAUCAGAGAAGGCUUCUUAUGUUUCUCACAUCAAUGCCUACCUUGCAGAAGACCAAUUUUUGAAAAAAUAUCUUCCUAUCGAUCCUUUGACUAACGACCUCUUUAAAAUUGUAAAAGAUGGCGUAUUGCUCUGUAAGCUUAUUAAUGUGGCUGUUCCUGGUACUAUUGAUGAUCGGACAAUCAAUACAAAGGGCGCACUUAAUCCAUGGGAGAGGAACGAGAAUCACACACUUUGCCUCAACUCUGCCAAAGCCAUCGGAUGUACAGUUGUGAAUAUUGGUACUGAAGACUUAAUAGAAGGGCGUCCACAUCUCGUACUCGGAUUGAUAUUUCAAAUUAUCAAGAUACAACUGCUGGCAGACCUGAACUUGAGGAAGACACCUCAGUUGGUGCAGUUGGUGGAUGACAGCAAGGAUGUCGAGGAGCUUAUGAAUCAACCACCUGAAAAGAUUUUACUGAGAUGGAUGAAUUUUCAUUUGAAGAAAGCUGGAUAUAGAAAAACAAUAUCUAACUUCUCUUCAGAUGUGAAGGAUGGAGAGGCUUAUGCUGUUCUACUGAAUGUGCUUGCACCCGAACACAGUAAAAGGACAGUUCUUGAUGUAAAGGAACCCACUGAAAGGGCGAAACUAAUCCUUGAACAUGCAGAUAGAAUUGGUUGCAAGAGAUAUUUGACACCUAAAGAUAUAGUAGAUGGCUCACCAAAUCUAAAUCUUGCUUUUGUGGCGCACAUUUUUCAACAUAGGAAUGGCCUGCCAUCUCACUCAAAGCAUCUCCCUGCCGUCAAUGAAUUUGUUCUGGAAGAGACACUAGUCUCCAGGGAGGAGAAAUCAUUUCGAAUGUGGAUCAAUAGUCUUGGAAACUCUAUCUACAUUAACAAUAUCUUUGAAGAUGUUAGAAAUGGGUGGGUCCUUUUAGAGGUUCUCGACAAGCUGUCACCUGGAAUAGUUAACUGGAAACAUGCAACAAGGCCUCCAGUUAAGACAUUGUUCAGAAAAGUGGAGAACUGUAAUCAAGUUGUGAUGAUUGGAAAACAAUUGAAGUUUUCUCUUGUUAAUGUUUCUGGACAUGACAUUGUACAAGGAAAUAAGAAACUUAUUCUUGCUUUUCUGUGGCAACUGAUGCGCUACAAUAUUCUCCAUCUACUAAAGAAUCUACCACGUCACUCCAGUGGCAGGGAGAUAACUGAUUCAGAUAUCUUGAGGUGGGCAAAUGCUAAAGUUAAGAGCUCAGCGAGAAAUUCUAGAAUGGAAUGUUUUAAGGACAAAACUCUUGCAAAUGGAAUAUUUUUCCUUCAGCUUCUUAGUUCAGUGGAGUCCCAUGCGGUGAACUGGAAACUGGUCACAAAAGGGGAAAAUGAUGAAGAGAAAAGGAUGAACGCUACCUACAUCAUUAGUGUUGCAAGAAAACUUGGGUGCUCUAUUUUCCUGUUGCCAGAAGACAUCAUGGAGGUUAACCAGAAGAUGAUGCUCACUCUAACAGCUAGCAUCAUGCAUUGGAGCCUAAAACAACAGCCUUUGGAAGAAACAUCUUCUGCAGCUUCUGAUAGUGAAAAUGAUAGCUCUGUGGAAACUUUGUCAACUUCGGCUACUGAUGAUAGUGCCUCCGAGACUUAGGAUAAUGUUAAAAUGCAACCUGACUUGUUACAAGAAAAUGAAAUAUAAGAUUGGAUGAUA